UUUUAACGGAUAACUGCACCAGGUUAGGAACAAAACAGAGCCAUCUUGAGUUCGUAGUAACACAAACAAGUAAAAGGAAAAGGAAAGAGAAAAAAAAAAAAAAAAAGGAGAAACAGAGUCAUUUGAUAAGGAUCAUAGAAGGCAUACCGUGCACUGAGCCGCAUAUUAGAAUAUCUUAAAGGAUAGACCAAAAAACAUCUGAAAUCUUAUUCGGAUCAGGGAAAUCCAAAGAUGAACAGAGUACCGAUGUCGCGUCAAACAUCGUCUUGUCCGCCCUAAAAGCCCCCUCUCCUUUGUCCUAACGCUAACUUUUGUUCCCUUGAAAAAAUAAAAAAAGAAAACCCAAAAAACUCAAAUAAACUAAUUAAUUAAAACCAAUAAAAGAAGAAAAUAGAACUGGGAGUGGAAGGUAAAAGGUUAGGUAGUUGAUCUGUUAGCCAUCCCCCCAAAAAAGAAAAAGAAAUUCUCAUUGUUUUAGUUAAAUCUGUUUAGUUAAUUGUUAACAAUAAAUCUAGAAACCUAACUGUUGCCACCUUACUGUCAAGAAAUAAAAGAGCUUCAUUAUUAUUUACUAUGUUUUAUCAGCCUUGGUCUCAACCAUACAUUUUUCUUUCUCUUCCCUUCUUUUGAUCCCACCGUCUGUUACUAUAAUGUCGGUUGCCACUGCCACUUCCCCAGCCGUUGGAUCAUUCUAUGUCUCGCGAUCUCGCCGGGGUAUACCUCCAAUAAGGAUGGCCGUCCGAUCUAACGCUGUAGUUUCAGUAGCUCCAAUCUUGACAAAGUUACAAAAAGAGUGUGCAACUCCAUUGCCAGUUCUUCGCCACGUGGCGGAUUCCAUGUCCGCUGAUAUGCGCGCUGGACUUGCUGCUGAUGGUGGUAGUGAUCUGAAGAUGAUAUUAAGCUAUGUAGAUCACUUGCCUAGCGGGAAUGAGAAAGGAUUGUUUUAUGCGUUGGAUCUUGGGGGCACAAAUUUCCGAGUGCUGAGAGUGCAAUUAGGAGGGAAGGAAGAGCGCGUGAUUGCUACUGAAUUUGAGCAAGUAUCUAUUCCUCAAGAGCUCAUGUUUGGUACCAAUGAUCAACUUUUUGAUUUUAUUGCAUCUGGACUCGCAAAUUUUGCAAAAAAAGAAGGUGGGAAAUUUCACCUGCCACAUGGCAGGAAAAGAGAGAUUGGAUUCACAUUUUCUUUCCCUGUGAAGCAAACUUCAAUCGAUUCUGGCAUUCUGAUGAAAUGGACCAAGGGUUUUGCAGUCUCUGGAACGGCAGGGCGAGAUGUUGUUGCUUGUCUAAAUGAAGCUAUGGAGAGGCAAAGUCUAGACAUGAGGGUGUCUGCUCUGGUUUGUUGUUCCCAUUCUAGAGCAAGAUACUGGGAUGAUGAUGUUAUGGUUGCAGUAAUUUUGGGCACUGGAACUAAUGCUUGUUAUGUAGAACGUACUGAUGCUAUUCCAAAACUACAGGGGCAAAAAUCAUCUUCUGGAAGAACGAUUGUUAAUACUGAAUGGGGAGCAUUUUCAAAUGGUAUUCCUUUGACUGUGUUUGAUAGAGAUAUGGAUGCCGCAAGUAUCAAUCCGGGUGAGCAGAUAUUUGAGAAGACAAUCUCUGGAAUGUAUCUAGGAGAAAUUGCAAGGCGAGCAUUACUGAAGAUAGCGGAAGAAGGUGCUCUAUUCGGCCAAUCUGUGCCAGAAAAAUUAUCCAUACCAUUUGCACUGCGUACCCCAGAUCUAUGUGCAAUGCAGCAGGACAACUCUGAUGAUCUUCAUUCCGUUGGAUCAGUCCUCUAUGAUGUUGUUGGGGCCGAGUCCAGCUUAAGUGCGAGGAAGAUCGUCAUAGAGGUUUGUGAUGCCAUUGUAAAGAGAGGAGGACGUUUAGCCGGUGCAGGAAUUGUUGGGAUUCUACAGAAGAUGGAGGAGGAUUCGAAAGGUCUUAUAUCUGGAAAGAGAACAGUGGUGGCUAUGGAUGGUGGGCUGUAUGAGCACUACCCUCAGUACAGAAGAUACUUGCAGGAUGCUGUCACAGAGCUUCUUGGGUUAGAAAGUUCAAAGAAUAUAGUCAUAGAACAUUCAAAAGAUGGGUCAGGGAUUGGAGCUGCUCUCUUGGCUGCCACGAAUUCAAAAUAUGAUCAUGACUUUUAGCUUAGUGAAUGAGCCAAUUUCCAAGAAUGCAACUUAUUCUUUUAUGUAAUUAGUCUUUGAUCAAAGUGCUCUAGUCAAUUUGGUUUCUGUUGUAGUAAAACUUUCCGUUGAGUUGAAAUAAGAAGAAGAAGAAUUAUGGUUUGGGAGUUCA